AUGAGUGAAACUUGUCCAAAUCCUCCUCAUCCAGGUCCUCCUGGUGAAAAACUACCUGCCGCACAAAGCAUACUUGAUACUGCGGUUGACGUUUCUCAAAACUUUGACCCUUUAAAGAAGAUACAUGAACAUGUUUGUGCAUUUCACUUUUACAGGUAUCUACUUGGUCAAAGUAAAUCUGCAAUUCCUGUACGAUAA